AAGCAGUGGUGUGUUGACAGGCUGGAAGGAAGACUUGAUUUGACAGCCGCGAGUUAUUUUUCAUACUUGGUCCCGAAAUAUUUGUCGCGGCUGGAAAAUACGUCCCACCCCUAAGAUUAUUAAGUUUCAUACCGACACGACUUGGAAGGAUUCUGUGACGACGACGACGACCUUACAACGACUCAGCCCUGCACGACUAUCCUUACUGGCGGAGUUAUUGAUGUCCGGAAGCUGAAGAGCAAGCCACACGGGUAGAUGAGUGAAGGAUAGUGGGGGCUGCCCAGGGACGGUGUAGCUGGGGUGCCGCGCUCCUGGUGACGGGGUAGGAGCGCAGCGCCGGCACCAUGGCCACCAUCGACGGUCGUCCGGCGCAGUAUGGCGUCACGCUGCGCCAGCUGCGGGAGUUGAUGGAGUCGCGCGGUAUAGAGGGAGUGGAGCGCAUCCAGAGGGAGUUUGGCAGCACUUUGGAGAUCACCAAGAAGCUUUACUCCUCCCCGACCAAUGGGUUGAGCGGGAACGCCAGCGACAUGGAGCAUCGGCGGCAGACAUUCGGCUCCAACGUCAUCCCUCCGAAGCCGGCGAAGACCUUCCUGACGCUGGUGUGGGAGGCGCUGCAGGACGUGACGCUCAUCAUCCUGCAGGUGGCCGCCGUGGUGUCCCUGGGGCUAUCCUUCUACAGGCCACCGGAGCAAAGCAUAGACGCAGGAUUACCAGAAAAGGGAAUUGCUGAAGCAGUGGGCCACCACGAUGAGAGUGAGGAGGAAGCUGGAUGGAUCGAGGGUGUGGCCAUCCUUAUUUCUGUGGCAGUUGUUGUUUUUGUCACAGCAUUUAAUGACUACACAAAAGAGAAACAGUUUCGGGGACUACAAAGCCGUAUCGAGGGCGAGCACAAAUUUACUGUUAUUCGAGGAGGUGAAGUUCAGCAGAUAGGCGUUGGGGAUAUUGUCGUCGGUGAUAUUUGCCAAAUCAAGUAUGGUGACUUGUUACCUACUGAUGGCAUUUUGUUACAAAGUAAUGAUCUGAAGAUCGAUGAGUCCUCGCUAACAGGAGAAUCAGACCAUGUAAAGAAAGCGGUUGACCUUGAUCCUAUGGUGCUCUCAGGGACACAUGUGAUGGAGGGGAGCGGCAAGAUGCUUGUUACUGCUGUUGGUGUAAAUUCCCAAGCUGGCAUCAUCUUCACGUUGCUUGGAGCCGCUGCCGACGAGGAGCAAGUGGAAGCCAAGAAGAGAAGGAGAGAGGCCAAAAAGCUGCGGAAAAAACAGAAGAAGGGCGAUUCGGGAGAAGAGUUGAUUGACGCCAAUCCUAACAAGCAAGGUGACGAGGCUGCAGUGACAGGUAACUCUCACCAUAUCACGGCCAACUCCACCAACGCUGACAUCAGAAAUAACAAGCAUCCUAAAGAGGAGGAAGAAGAGGAAGAAGCGCCAAGGCCAACUGGUGGGGGUGGUCAGGAAAAGUCUGUUCUACAAGCCAAGUUGACCAAACUGGCGAUUCAGAUUGGCUAUGCUGGUUCUUUCAUUGCUGUGCUAACAGUUGUGAUCCUGAUUGUCCGUUUCUGCGUACAAACGUUUGUUGUGGAGGGGAAGCCGUGGUCUCCAUUUUAUGCCAAUCAUUUUGUUAAGUUCUUCAUCAUCGGUGUUACUGUGUUGGUGGUGGCCGUGCCAGAGGGUCUGCCCCUGGCUGUCACCCUCUCCCUGGCCUACUCCGUGAAGAAAAUGAUGAAAGACAAUAACCUGGUGCGCCACUUGGAUGCCUGCGAGACCAUGGGCAACGCAACGGCCAUCUGCUCCGACAAGACUGGCACACUCACCACUAACCGAAUGACUGUUGUCCAGGCGUUUAUCAGUGGCGAGGACUACAAGACCACGCCCAAGUAUGAAUCCCUCCCACACAAUGUUGCAGACCUGAUACUGCAUGCAAUCAGUAUCAACUCUGCUUACACCUCCCGAGUACUUCCUGGCGAAAACCCGGGAGACUUACCGAACCAGGUUGGCAACAAAACAGAAUGUGCUUUGUUAGGAUUCGUGUUAGAUCUUGGAAAGAGCUACCAAGCAAUCCGUGAUGAAGUAACAGAGGAAAACUUUCAUCGGGUUUACACAUUCAACUCUGCCAGGAAAUCCAUGUCAACGGUGAUUCCUCGUGAAGGAGGUUACCGUAUUUUCACAAAAGGUGCCUCUGAAAUUGUUAUGAAAAAGUGCUCCUUCAUCCAUGGCAAGGACGGCAAACUAGAAAAUUUCUCAAAGUCAAUGCAAGAUCGUCUUCUUCGAGAAGUAAUUGAACCGAUGGCAUGUAACGGUCUUCGCACAAUCUCUAUUGCAUACAGAGACUUUGUUCGAGGAAAAGCUGAAAUUAAUCAGGUACACUUUGAAAAUGAACCUCACUGGGAUGACGAAGACCACAUAAUUAGCAACCUGACCUGUCUCUGCGUGCUGGGGAUUGAGGACCCAGUGAGACCAGAAGUACCUGAUGCAAUCCACAAGUGCCAGCGAGCAGGCAUCACCGUGCGCAUGGUGACUGGCGACAACAUCAACACUGCACGCUCCAUCGCCUCCAAGUGUGGCAUCCUCAAGCCUGGCGACAACAGCCUUAUCCUGGAGGGAAAAGAAUUCAACAGGCGAAUCAGAGAUCCUACAGGCAAAGUCCAGCAACACUUGGUGGAUAAAGUUUGGGUUAACCUUCGUGUGUUGGCGCGCUCCUCCCCCACCGACAAAUACACGCUGGUAAGGGGCAUCAUUGAGAGCAAAGUGAGUGCCAACCGGGAGGUGGUGGCAGUGACUGGGGACGGCACCAAUGACGGCCCAGCACUCAAGAUGGCUGACGUGGGCUUUGCCAUGGGUAUCGCUGGCACUGAUGUGGCCAAGGAAGCAUCAGACAUCAUUCUGACUGAUGACAAUUUCACCUCCAUUGUGAAAGCUGUUAUGUGGGGACGCAAUGUGUACGACUCCAUUGCAAAGUUUCUACAGUUUCAGCUGACAGUUAAUGUUGUUGCUGUUAUAGUAGCGUUGAGUGCGUGUGCCAUCAAUGAUAGCCCUCUCAAGGCUGUACAAAUGUUGUGGGUGAACCUCAUCAUGGACACCCUGGCGUCACUGGCCCUGGCAACUGAGGCCCCCACGCCAGACCUCCUGCAGAGGAAACCGUACGGCCGCACCAAGCCACUCAUUUCCCGCACCAUGAUGAAGAACAUCCUGGGCCAGGCGGUCUACAUGAUCUUGAUCAUAUUCCUUUUGUUAUUUUAUGGUGAUAAAUUGUUAGACAUAGACUCUGGGCGCUAUGCAGCCAUCCGUGACCCUCCCUCUCAGCACUUUACCAUCAUCUUCAACACCUUCGUCAUGAUGACUCUCUUCAACGAAAUCAAUGCACGGAAAAUUCAUGGACAGCGGAAUGUUUUCCAGGGCUUUUUUAGCAAUCCCAUUUUCUACAGCAUUUGGCUGAGUACACUAGCAGCUCAGGUUGUUAUAUUCCAGUUUGGAGGGCGAGCAUUUUCUACUGAUGAUCUCUCUCUUGAACUUUGGCUAUGGUGCAUCCUGUUUGGUAGUGUAGUGCUCCUCUGGGGGCAGGUUGUCAAUUCCAUACCAACCAAAAGCUGCCCAAAGAUAUAUUCUCGUAAAUGGGGUUCUGGGGAGCCUCAGACAGAUCCAAUUGCUGAUCUUACCACUGAAGACAAGCUCGACUCGGACGGCAAGGACAGCAAGCGCACGGGUCAAAUUUUGUGGAUCCGUGGCUUGACCCGGCUCCAGACUCAGGUCAUUGGAGGCACGUUGCAGGAGCGGCUGAUACCCGUACCGUAUAGCAAGACCUCCACAGACCAGGCUAUUCGAGUAGUUAAUGCGUUCCGACAGGGGCUUGAUGCUCGGCCUUCCAACCCUAAUCUGGCGGCGGUGCUGAAGAAGCAGUCGUCCCUGAGCAAGAGGCUGUCUCAGGGGUCAUCGCUGGAGUAUGCUGACCUGUGUCCGGACCCCGAAGAACUCCAAGUGCCCGAGAUCGAUGUGGAACGCUUGUCCUCACACAGUCACACGGAGACAGCUGUGUAGACUCCUGUUUUAGGCCCUCAUGCCACUUUCUCAGGGCCAACUGCACCUCCAGCAGCACUGGCAACAGCAGUGUGAU